GUGAGCGCGCGCCGCCCGCCCGUCCGUCGUGGUUUCCUGGCUGCGCGCGGCGGCGGUGGCGGAGUCGCCGCAGCUGUAGCAGCCGCCGCGAAGAUGGCGGAGGGGUUGGAGCGUGUGCGGAUCUCCGCGUCCGAGCUGCGAGGGAUCCUGGCCACUCUGGCUCCUCAGGCCGAGAGCAGAGAAAACAUGAAGGAGGUAAAGGAGCCCAGGCAGCGCAAAGACAGUAGGCGCCCAGAUUUGGAAAUCUAUAAGCCUGGACUUUCUCGUCUAAGGAACAGGCCUAAAACUAAGGAGGCUUCUGGGAGUGAGGAAUUUAAGGAUGAGAUUGUUAAUGACAGAGAUUCUUCUGCGCUUGGAAGUGAUACACAGCUUAUUAAGGUUUGCAAGGAAUUGGACAGCCAACAGCAAAACGGUCCUGCAGAUCCUGAAAAUAGUCAGGCACAGGAGACUUUCUCAAAGACUGUUGGACUAGAGGACCGAAGUCUAAAAAUCAUAAAGAGAAUGAAGAAACCAGACCUGCAGAUCUAUCAGCCUGGAAGGCGGUUGCAGACCGUUACCAAAGAGUCAGCUAACAGGGCAGACGAGGAAGAAAUCCUCAACCAAGUGGAACAGUUGAGGAUCGAAGAGGAUGAGUGUAAGGGAAAAGUUGUAAAAGAAGACGUCAUGAGCAAACCGGAGAAAACUGAGCUAGAAAAGAGCCAAACUAAUGACAGAGUAAGAGCUGCCAAGGGAGAAAAGGGAAAAAGGAGUGAGAAGGGGGAGGGGACAAAGAAGGUGACCGAAGACUCUGGCCAAGGGAAACCUGGUUCUGUAAAGCGGUACUCCCGGUCAGACAAACGCAGGAAUCGCUACCGCACUUGCAGUACCAGCUCAGCUGGUAGCAACAACAGUGCUGAGGGAGCCGGCCUGACUGAUAGCGGAUGUCGCCGCAGGCGCCAGGAUCGGACCAAGGAGAGACCACGGCUGAAGAAGCAGGUGUCUAUGUCCUCAACCGACUCCUUAGAUGAGGACAGAGUUGAUGAGGCUGACGGACUAGGGACCAGGAGGAACUCAGAAAGGAAGAAACAUUUAGAAAGAAAUUGGUCUGGCCACAGCGAGGGUGAACAGAAAAGUAAUGGUAAAGAAAACCGAGGGACCCUUCGUGUUACUUUUGAUGCAGAAACCAUGAGUAAAGAUUCCCCCGAGGUGAGGUCAGCCAGGGAGAGUGUGGACAGAAUGAAGUCUGACAAAGGCCCAAGCAGUGGGGGCAAGAGCUCCUCUGAGAAGCAGGAGUUCAAAAACCCGAAGCAAGAACUUCGGGGUCGAGGUCGUGGCAUUCUGAUUCUGCCUGCCCAUACGGCCCUAUCUGUCAGUUCAGCGGGUUCUCCAGAGUCUACACCUUUGGGACCUCGACUUUUAUUUGGAUCUGGUAAUAAGGGAUCUCGGAGUUGGGGCCGUGGAGGCACGACCCGCCGAUUGUGGGACCCCAACAAUCCUGAUCAGAAGCCUGCUCUGAAAAGCCAGACACCCCAGCUACAUUUCUUGGACACUGAUGAUGAAGUCAGUCCUACAUCUUGGGGUGAUUCACGUCAGGCCCAAGCAUCUUACUAUAAAUUUCAAAAUUCUGACAAUCCCUAUUAUUACCCUCGGACACCAGGCCCUGCCUCUCAGUACCCCUAUACAGGUUAUAGCCCUCUGCAAUACCCAGUGAGCCCUGCAAAUGGUAUGUACACAGGGCCUUACUACCCAGGCUAUCCGGCCCCCUCAGGACAGUAUGUCUGUAGCCCUCUCCCUGCUAGUACCAUGAGUCCUGAGGAAAUAGAGCAGCAUGUGCGCAACCUGCAGCAACAGGAGCUCCAUAGGUUUCUCCGAGUGGCUGACAACCAAGAACUGCAGCUCAGCAACCUGCUUUCCAGGGACCGCAUCAGCACUGAGGGCAUGGAGAAGAUGGCUCAGCUCAGAACUGAAUUACUGCAGCUGUAUGAGCGCUGUAUUCUAUUAGAUAUUGAAUUUUCUGACAAUCAGAAUGUAGAUCAGAUCCUGUGGAAGAAUGCUUUCUAUCAGGUGAUUGAGAAGUUCAGGCAGCUUCUCAAGGAUCCAAAUAUUGAGAACCCAGAACAGAUUCGGAACAGACUCUUGGAGCUCUUGGAUGAGGGCAGUGACUUCUUUGAUAGUUUGCUUCAGAAGCUACAGAUUACUUACAAGUUCAAGCUGGAGGACUACAUGGACGGGCUUGCCAUUCGAAGCAAGCCUCUACGAAAGACAGUAAAAUAUGCCUUGAUCAGUGCUCAACGCUGUAUGAUUUGCCAAGGAGAUAUCUCUAGGUACCGGGAGCAAGCCAAUGAUACAGCAAACUAUGGGAAGGCACGCAGUUGGUACCUGAAGGCCCAGCAUAUUGCUCCCAAGAAUGGGCGCCCCUAUAACCAGUUGGCUUUGCUGGCAGUGUAUACGAGGAGGAAGCUUGAUGCUGUCUAUUACUAUAUGCGCAGUUUAGCAGCGAGCAACCCUAUCCUGACUGCCAAGGAGAGUCUUAUGAGUUUAUUUGAAGAGACUAAACGAAAGGCUGAGCAGAUGGAAAAGAAGCAGCACGAGGAGUCGGACCUGAGUCCUGACCAGUGGCGUAAAAGAAGGAAGUCUACUUUCCGGCACGUUGGGGAUGACACUACUCGCCUGGAGAUCUGGAUUCAUCCAUCUCAUUCUCGGUCCUCCCAGGGCACUGAGUCGGGGAAGGAUUCUGAGCAGGAGAAUGGUCUUGGCAGCCUGAGUCCCAGUGAUCUGAACAAAAGGUUCAUCCUCAGUUUUCUCCAUGCCCAUGGGAAGCUGUUUACCCGGAUUGGGAUGGAGACAUUCCCUGCAGUGGCUGAGAAGGUCCUUAAGGAGUUCCAAGUAUUGCUGCAGCAUAGCCCAUCUCCUAUUGGAAGUACCCGUAUGCUGCAGCUUAUGACCAUCAACAUGUUUGCUGUACAUAACUCCCAGUUAAAAGACUGCUUCUCAGAGGAGUGUCGCUCUGUAAUCCAGGAACAAGCUGCAUCCCUGGGCUUGGCUAUGUUUUCUCUACUGGUGCAGCGCUGCACAUGCUUACUUAAGGACUCGGCCAAAGCUCAGCUGGCCUCUCCUGAGGACCAAGAGGACCAAGAUGACAUCAAAGUAUCUUCCUUCGUCCCGGACCUGAAGGAGCUGCUCCCCAGUGUGAAAGUCUGGUCAGACUGGAUGCUUGGCUACCCAGACACCUGGAAUCCUCCACCCACAUCUUUGGAUCUGCCCUUGCAGGUUGCUGUGGAUGUGUGGGCGACACUGGCUGAUUUCUGUAACAUACUGACGGCGGUGAAUCAGUCUGAGGUGCCACUGUACAAGGACCCAGAUGAUGACCUCACCCUCCUCACCCUGGAAGAGGACCGGCUUCUCUCUGGCUUUGUCCCCUUGCUGGCUGCCCCCCAGGACCCCUGCUACGUGGAGAAAACCUCGGAUAAGGUUAUUGCAGCUGACUGCAAAAGGGUCACAGUGCUGAAGUAUUUUCUGGAAGCCCUUUGUGGACAAGAAGAGCCUCUGCUGGCAUUCAAGGGUGGAAAAUAUGUGUCAGUGGCACCCGUCCCAGACACCAUGGGAAAGGAAAUGGGAAGCCAAGAGGGAAAACAACUGGAAGAUGAGGAAGAAGAUGUGGUGAUUGAAGACUUUGAGGAAGAUUCAGAGGUUGAAGGCAGUGGCUGUGAGGAUGACAUCAGGGAACUUCGGGCCAAGAAACUGGCUUUAGCAAGGAAGAUAGCUGAGCAGCAGCGUCGCCAGGAAAAGAUCCAGGCUGUUUUGGAAGACCAGAGUCAGAUGAGGCAGAUGGAGCUGGAGAUCAGACCCUUGUUUCUCGUACCAGAUACGAAUGGCUUCAUUGACCACCUGGCCAGUUUGGCUCGGCUGCUGGACAGCAGGAAGUACAUCCUGGUGGUGCCCCUCAUCGUCAUCAAUGAGCUGGACGGCCUCGCCAAAGGGCAGGAGACUGACCACCGCGCUGGGGGCUAUGCCCGUGUGGUGCAAGAAAAGGCCCGGAAAUCCAUUGAGUUCCUCGAAAGGAGAUUUGAGAGCCGGGAUUCCUGCCUUCGGGCCUUGACCAGCCGUGGCAAUGAACUUGAAUCUAUCGCCUUCCGUAGUGAGGACAUCACUGGACAGCUGGGUAACAACGAUGACCUGAUCCUCUCCUGCUGCCUGCACUACUGCAAAGACAAGGCUAAGGAUUACAUGCCCACCAGCAAAGAGGAACCCAUCCGCCUGCUACGGGAGGUGGUGCUGCUGACUGACGAUCGCAACUUGCGUGUAAAGGCACUGACAAGGAAUGUGCCUGUGAGGGACAUCCCAGCCUUCCUUACGUGGGCCCAGGUGGGCUGAGGGGUCCACACUGGGGCCCACCCCCAUGGAACCAUUCCUGAGAGGCCACGAGGCACCCAGUGUAGCACUGAAGAUGUCCACGUGCCUGAGCCACCAAUCCACCCAGAAAAUAAACCAUCCUCUUCCAACCUCACGCCGUGGCCGUGCUGUGGGGGAGACGCUCCUCACAGAGCCCCUCCCGAGGGUCAGGCAGAAGCUGCUGGGACCCUCCUGGGCUGCCAAGAUUUAGCAGGGAGGUGACUGGCUACAGUGACAACAGGUGGACAAGCCAGAUAGGCCACCAAGCUCCCAGCCUUUCUUAUUUGUGUCUGGUUCCAGGGCUGGAGGGAAACCUACUCACCCUGGGUACCCAGCCAACUCUGUAGUGGCAAUGGACAGAGGUUCGAGAGUUUCCAUCAGAUGCAGGCGAAGUGUAGACCCCUCAGUCUGCAGAGUCUCUGACCUGAAUGUCUGAGAGGCUUUGGCUGUCAGAAAGAGUGCCCAGGUGUCCAUCUCCCUGAGGCUUCCAUCCCUAUGGACCCACGCUGAAUUCUGUCCAUAACAACAGCCCUAGCCCUGCACACCGACA